UGAGCCAAAUCUCCCACCCUAGGCUUCUGAGGAGGGGGAUGGUACACUGAAGUUUUGCCUUGGGCGGCAGAUUGACUUGAGCAGCCUCUGGGAGAUUUCAACAUAUUCUGACAAAAGUCAAUGGGAGUUGAGCAAUCUCAGAGCCUGGAAGUCUAAGGACCAGAAACUGGAACCACAGAGACGCUAUGAUUCUGCACUGACCUGGAGAGGAAAUGGUUGGGUCACUGCCCCUGACCCGUGUGACCACAGGUGUCCAUUCCCCUGGAAAGGCAUGAUGACGGCUCCUAUCAAUAUAAACUGCACCGACGGCAAGGAGCAGAACAUAGACAUCCGCAGCCAUGCACCCGGACAGCUUCUACCACAAAUGGGACAGCUCAGAGCAAGUGGAACUGGCAGUGCAGGGAGGAAGCCGCGCACCUGGGAGAGCUGGUAAAGCUCUUUGCCUUUCCAACUUCACCCAAGGGAAGGCCAUUGCGAUCCUGUAUCUCCUGCUGGUGAUUUCAAUUGCAGUGGCCACAGCUCUCAUCGUGGUGAACCUUGGGAAAUUGUCCAAGGGUCUUGCUGAAGCCCAGGAGGAUCGAGAUACUAUAAGAAGAGAUGCCAAGAGAAAUCUGACACAUCACCAGGACUAUCUAGAGUUGAAGAUGUCCAAAGAAUUCAACGUGUUUAAUAGUCGACUUCUUAAUGUGUCCAAGGAGCUGGCUGGGGUUAGGCUGGGGAUUAAGGAGAUCCAAGCUGAUCACGUGAAAGACCCAUCACAUCUCCAGGAUGCCAUAGAGAUAAGGAACCUAACGCACAGUAUGUCGAAGGAGCUGGCUGAGGUGAGAAGGGACCAUGACAGACUCCAGGAGGUCUUGAGCAGGGUGCAGGAGGAGUUACGGAACAUCACAGAAGUCAUCUGCACAAAAUGUCCACCUGGCUGGCAGCAUUUUGAGAAAAAUUGCUACUUCUUUUCAACAUCGACUAAAUCCUGGCAGGAUGCUAAGCAGUUCUGUACCAAUGAAGGGUCUCACCUGGUUAUCGUUAACACCAAACAGGAACAGACGUUUUUGUCAAACCACAUCACUCAGCCCCACGUGUACUGGCUGGGCCUCAGCGACUCAGUGAAGGAAGGGGAGUGGCGCUGGGUGGACGGCAGCCCCCUGUCUGUCAGGUUCUGGGGGCCCGGGGAACCCAACAAUAUUGGGCAGCAUGGGUAGGACUGUGUCCAUCUGCGCUUCGAUGGGAAGUGGAACGAUGCCAUCUGCUCCUUGACUGAGCACUGGAUCUGCGAACGGCGGUGCUAGCUGAGUCCCUGAAUCCACAGCAGGGAGGGGAGGUGUCACACAGCCUGCCCCACGUUGGACUGCUCCGGAGCUAUCGUCUCUCUAAAUCAGUAAUUCUCAGACUGCCGCUCGCAAGCUGCAAGAGGAUCUUCAAUGUGUCUCCUGCAGCUCUUUGCAGCACAUGCUAUUAAAACACAGUGAUUUAA